AUGCGUGUAACUCAGAGUCAGCAGAAAUCCUACGCAGAUAAGAGGAGGAGGCCACUCGAGUUUAAGGCUGAUGACCACGUAUUUCUCAGAGUUACACCUACAACAGGUAUUGGGAGAGCGUUGAAGUCGAGGAAGUUGACCCCUCGAUUCAUCGGUCCAUAUCAGAUUACAAGGCGAAUUGGACCGGUGGCGUAUGAGAUUGCAUUGUCACCUCACUUGGGAAACCUACAUAAUGUUUUCCACGUAUCACAGUUGAGAAAGUACGUGGCGGAUCCUACUCAUGUGCUGGAGCAGGAUGAUGUUCAGGUGCAUGAGAACCUGACUUUGGGAGUUGGACCGGUGAGGAUUCUAGAUUCUCAAGUCAAACGGCUUAGAGGGAAGGAGAUUCGGACUGUGAAGGUUCUCUGGGAUGAGGAAACUCAAGAGAUGACUUGGGAGAUGGAAGAUCUCAUGAGGAAGUCCUAUCCUCACCUCUUUACUGGUUAUGACCCUCUAUUGUUUGGCAUGAAUUGGAAUGUGGUUGGGUAUGAUUUCGGAUGGUUUGUGUGCGUAAACAGAGGGAAACUCUGCAAGCCUCGCCCAAGCGAGGUCAUCUCGUCUAAGCGAGAGUUGCAGAACCUCGUUUUUGGCCUUGUGCUGCGUUUCUCGCCUAGGCAAAUGGUUUCAGGUUUGAGCGACAAACACUCUCGCUUAGGCGAGAAUGGCUCGCCUAAGCGAGAUCGCAAGGAAGGGUGCUCAUGUUGA